AUGCCGUGUCAUGCCAUGCCACGCCAUGUCAUGUCAUCAUUUGUUAAAUCAUGUCGAUUCCCUCUUGAAAUAAUGACGGAAGUGGUACUCCAUGCAUGCCGAAAUAUAUCCACAAAUCACGUGAAGAAAACCGGCAAAGUGAGUGUAGUGUACGAUUCCGGAGACGACUACGAAGACGAUUCCGAGGUUCCAGAUGAAUCUUACGACGAUACAGACGAUGCAGAUGAUGCAGACGAUGCAGAUGAUGCAGAUGAUGCAGACGAUGAGUUUGACGACGACUCCGAAGACGAUUCUGAAGACGAUUCAAACUAUUCAGACGAUUCUGAGAACGAUUCUGACGAUCCGCAGGCCAAUCUCGAGCACAAUUCUGAGGACUAA